ACAUUUUACAUAAGAAAUAUUGAGUACUUCGGGUUUCGCGACUGUUCGUUUAAUAUAUAUUUAUAAACUUGUCGUCAAAACUGAUAUACGUCUGAGCGGAUAAGAUAACUAUUUAAUGAUAACAGUCCAAAAAGUACACCCUCGAUACUUUAUGAAAUAAUACAAAAGUUGUGAUGGUAAAUUUCACAAGUUUUAGCAUCUAAGCAGUUUUUGCUUUUUCAACAAGAAAUAUUGAUUAUAUAUAUUCUGAUGCAAAUUCUUCGUAUCGGGAAAUAGUAUGCGUGGUAGAAAUAGAAACCUGGACAGUCCUGACAAAGAUGCUUUAUCCGAUUCUUCGGACUUACCUUCAUUCCGUGAAUCGUUGAGAACAGGUAUUCGCUGUCCCAGCUUGAAAGCGAACAAGCCAGAUGCAAAAAUUGAAACUGAUGAAGAAGGUUCUGCGCCUGAGGCGAAUGAAGGGGUUGUGAGCCAACCAGAAGCACGAGCCAGAAGAUCUGCUAAAUUAUCAUGCAGUUAUCUUGAGAAAAAAGAUAACGAUUCAACGAUCAAGAGGAACAGCAAGCAAAAUUCAAAAAAACCAGUCAAAAGGCGACUUCGAAAAUCUGUAUCAUCAAAGAAGCGUAAAAGUGAUAUUUCUGUAGCCGUUGGAACGAGUGACCGUGAACAGGAGGUGAGAAACCGACUGAAUGAAGUUCGUAGAAAGGCAGAACCGCUUUUGAAUGAAAUAGACAAUUUUGAAGAACUGCAAGCAAGUAACCAAUAUAACUAUAUUGAGAAGAGCUUGAUGAAGUUAGAAGAGAUAUUGGACCGUAUGUCAGAAGACAUCAAAAAAAGCACACAACUAGUAUCUGAAACUAAAGAAGUGUACAGCUACAUUCGCGAUAUCUACGCUAAGCUGGAUCAGAAAUUAAAAGCAAAUCAAACUAGACUUGGCGACAUUGAGAUGACUGAAUAACAUCUAGUAUCUUCCCUCAACACUAAUUUAAAUCAAUUUAACCCGCAUGAAAAACACUUUUAUAUUUACAUUGUUAUGCGUGUACUGCAAUGAAAUUUCAAGAAACGUUUUAUUAAUUAUCCAGAAUUCACUAGUUGGAUAUGUAGCUCGUUUAAUAUAUGCAAUUUAGAACAAACUGACUCUCAGACUAGAGGUUCAAUCUGUUAUCAUCUAAUCUUUUAAGAACUAAUCAAGUAUUUGUUUGUCACGAUAAUUAUUGACCACAAUUAUUCGCUUAUGAAAAAAAUUAAAUAAUGUUCAAGUGACAUUCACAAAAGCG